UAUUCUCAUUCCUGCUAGCUUGCUCUCUCUGGGUGCACAUAAAAAGAUACUGCUGCCAAGAAACUGAGAGUGAAGCAGAAGAGAAAGCGCUAUGCUGCGGAAACCUUUGCAAAAAUGAAGAUGGUCUCAGCAUUGCUCCUGUUGAGCACCCUCCUGGGAACCCCUGCAGUGCCAUCCCCACGUCCCUCUUGUUACAAGAGGUCCCUCAAAGACCACAACUGUCACAGCAUCCCUGAAGGCAUGGAGAACCUUCGACAAAUUGAUGACAGUCUGCAAGAUCAUUUUUGGGAAGGGAAGGGCUGUGAGGUGAUCUGCUACUGCAACUUGAACGAAUUGCUCUGCUGCCCAAAGGAUAUUUUCUUUGGACCAACGAUAUCUUCUGUGAUUCCCUGCAAAAGUCAGUGAUGGACAUCAAGUCUGCCAGUGAAGACAACAAACAUCAUUCUGUAAUACUGUAAUAAUAAUGCUUUGAAGUGGAAAAAAAAACAACCAGCAUCAACAAAACCCCUUCCUUCAUAACCACAAGGCAGUGUCUCUUUUUAUACUGUAGAAGAAAUCCUUUCUGUAUCUUUUUGGAAUUUCAAAUAUGUAAGAAGUUCUUUCAAAUUUGAUGGCUGCCUUAAGUUCCAUAAUGGUGUACAAGCUCGUAACACAUCCUAGUACACAUCCCCCAGCAAAAAGCCUAACUCAUGUUACCCAUCACAACAUUCUCAACCAGUUUUGAUGAAGAGACUCCAAGCUUAAGUCCUCACCUGGCUAAGAAUGUGAUUCUUAUAGCAACCUCCUGCAAGUACAGCUUGCUAUUGCUUUAUUUCCACCACACUGUUAAUGUUAAGAUGAGGCUGCUCAGUACCUGCACUUCUACAGACAGGCACACAUAUUCUAAUCAGGCAUCUUAAAAAAACAUGGACAUGCAAAAGGUGAACUUCCAACAUUCACAUCUGAAAAUUUCCCAGUGG